GUUGGACAGCGAUGCGAGCGGCGCUGCUGAUCCAGCGCUGGUAUCGGCAGUAUGUGGCCCGGCUGGAGAUGAGGCGACGCUGCACCUGGAACAUCUUCCAAUCCAUAGAGUACUCAGGAGAACAGGACCAGAUCAAGCUGUAUAAUUUCUUUGGUUUUCUCAUGGAUCACUUCACUCCAGCAAGCAGUGAAAGAAACCUGAUCUCCCAUAUAUUCAGAGAGAGCGAGGUGUUCCAGGAUGCAGAAUGGGAGCCGUACUUCUGCUACAAGAGCAUCGAUGUGCCAGACAUGUACACCGGACCUCAUCUCACCUUCCCCCUGACUGUUAACAUCAUCACUGAGCUGGUCGAGGCCUUCAAACACAAACAAUAGCAUCUCCAUGCACGAUACGUCCUUCAGCUCCUCGGGGAAACCUGGAGACUCCUGAGGAUUCUCCCAAACAUCAACGAGGUCUCCACCUUCCACAGCAAGGAGAUCACCAUCUGCGGAGAUCUACAUGGCCAGCUUGAAGAUCUCCUACUGGUGUUUUAUAAAAACGGUCUGCCCUCGGUGGAGACUCCGUACGUCUUUAACGGAGACUUUGUGGAUCGAGGGAAAGACUCCAUCGAGAUUCUGCUGAUCCUGUUUGCUUUCCAGUUGGUCUACCCCAAUGAUGUUCAUCUCAACAGGGGGAACCACGAAGACCACAUUGUGAACCUGAGGUAUGGCUUCACUAAGGAGGUUCUUGGGAAGUACAGGGUUCACGGGAAGAAGAUACUGAAGCUGCUUCAGAAGAUCUUUAGCUGGUUGCCCCUGGCAACAGUGAUAGAUCAGAAAGUGCUGAUUCUGCACGGCGGAAUCUCCGACACCACGGACCUCAAACUCAUCGCCAAACUGGAAAGAAACCGAUACGUCUCCGCCCUCAGGCCACCAAAGCGCCCGCAGGCUCUGAGUUCUAGCGAUGGUAAUGCUCGGUUCUCAGGUGGAGACUGGGAUCAGUACAGCCUCGUCGGCCGGAGGCGGGUCCGCUCUCUGACCCACAGUAACCCUGCGUCCUCCCGCCGCGAGCUCCAGCGCCGCUCCCUGCAGAACUACAGCACCCGCACCGGACACAACGUGGAGGAGGAGCUCCGAGAGAGGAGGAGGUGGGCGGGGCUCAGCGCUUCCUGCGAGAGAAUCCACGACCUGCCGUCCUCAGACUCCGACCCCGACUCUGGGGAGGUUCUGGAGACGGACGCUGAGGAGUGGAAGCAGAUAGUGGACAUGCUGUGGAGUGACCCGAUGUCUCAGGACGGCUGCAUCCCGAAUGAGGUGCGGGGCGGGGGGUGUUACUGGGGGCCGGACAUCACAGAGGACGUCCUGAACCGACACAACCUGCGGCUACUCAUCCGAUCUCACGAGUGUAAACAAGACGGAUACGAGUUCUGCCACAAUCGCAGGGUUCUCACCAUCUUCUCCGCAUCCAACUACUACGAGGUGGGCAGUAACAGAGGAGCUUACAUCAGACUGGGGCCGGACCUCAACCCACACGUCGUCCAGUACCAGGCCAGCAGAUCCACCAGAGAGCUCACACUGAGACAGAGUGUUGGUCGGACGGAGCGCUCUGCUUUACGAGCUCUGAGGGAACAGGUUUUUGCACACAAGUCUGACCUCACCAGUGCCUACGAGGAGUUUGACCCAGAGCACACAGGAGUGAUCUCUAUGAAGCACUGGGCCGUGGCCACAGAGACGGUCCUGCAGCUGGGUCUGCCCUGGAGAGUCCUGCGGGAGCAGCUGGUGGGCGACAGCACGCAGGACGGCAUAAUCAACUACAACGACUGGUUCAGAGAACUCGCCCUCAUGGACCCGAACACUGAGCUGGCUCACACAGGGCUCCUGGAGACCAUGUACAGACACCACUCCAACCUGGAGACCAUCUUCAGAAUAAUAGACACGGAUCACUCCGGACUGAUCUCGUUUGAGGAGUUCAGGCAGACGUGGAAGCUGCUGAGUUCUCACCUGAAGAUGGAGAUCAGUGAUAAGGCUAUCUCAGACCUGGCGCUCAGCAUCGACUUUAAUAAGGACGGGAGCAUCGAUAUCAACGAGUUUAUGGAGGCCUUCAGGCUGGUGGACUGUUCUCACGCCCAGAUACUGAUCAGCAUGAACGGAGGGACGUCCCCCGACCCCCCACAGCCCAGCAGCCCCUCAUAGAGCAGAGCUUCUCCAGCCGGAGAACCUAAAGAGAACCUGGAGAACUGCAGCACAGCAAAUAAAAUUACUUUUACAGCU